AUGGAAGAAUGCAACUCGACUUCGACACCUGCUGAACUAAGGUAUGAUGAGUAUCUUUAUGCAGAAGCCAAAGGUACCACAUCUAGCAGCGGCGAAGAGGACAUUAAGCGUUUGUAUCGUUUCCUCGUCUCUGUUUCACUGUUUCUCCUUCACCUUCUCUCUAUUCUUCAUUCGAUCUUCAAUCCCAAUCGCGCUUCCAUUCUGUGGAUUGAGAUGGCUGGCGGUGUUAUUCAGCAGUUAUUGAGGAGAAAACUCCAAUCUCAUUCUCCUAAUCCUUUAUCGGUGUCAUCCAUUAUCACAAAGAAUGAUGGUGCUGGUUCUACGAGCAGCAGAUCCUUAAAAGCCCUUGCAUUAAUUGGAGCUGGAGUCUCAGGGUUAUUGGGUUUUGCGACAACAGCAUCAGCUGAUGAAGCCGAGCAUGGCCUGGCUUCUCCUAGCUAUCCAUGGCCCCACGAGGGCAUCCUCAGUUCAUAUGACCACGCUUCGAUUCGUCGUGGUCAUCAAGUUUAUACACAAGUCUGUGCUUCCUGUCAUUCUAUGUCUUUGAUAUCAUACCGUGAUUUGGUUGGUGUUGCUUACACAGAAGAGGAGGUAAAGGCCAUGGCUGCAGAGAUUGAGGUGGAAGAUGGCCCUAAUGAUGAGGGUGAGAUGUUUACACGUCCCGGCAAACUCAGUGAUCGCUUUCCUCAACCAUAUGCAAAUGAAUCAGCUGCUAGGUUUGCCAAUGGAGGAGCCUAUCCUCCAGAUCUAAGUCUUGUUACCAAAGCUCGUCACAAUGGUCAGAACUAUGUGUUUGCUCUUCUUACCGGUUAUCGUGACCCCCCUGCCGGUGUUGUGAUUAGAGAAGGACUACACUAUAACCCUUAUUUCCCGGGCGGAGCCAUUGCCAUGCCUAAAAUGCUUAAUGAUGGUGCUGUUGAAUACGAAGAUGGUACCCCUGCUACAGAAUCUCAGAUGGGAAAAGAUGUUGUGUCAUUUUUGUCUUGGGCUGCAGAACCUGAGAUGGAAGAAAGAAAACUGAUGGGAUUUAAAUGGAUAUUUGUACUAUCAUUGGCAUUACUUCAAGCCGCGUAUUAUCGCCGACUUCGAUGGUCUGUUCUUAAAUCUCGCAAGUUGGUUCUUGAUGUUGUCAACUAG